AUCAGAUUAUUUCCCUUGUUUUACUCGGACUACCUCGAGUAAUGAGCGUUCCGAAUGAUAAAAAAUCGUCUGAAUUUAUGAUUAUGCAAAUAUUUCAGAAACACACAUAAAAUAUGGCAAAUAGACAAUCACAGAAAAGGUCUAGAAGUCCUGAAUGUGAAGAAUGUCUGCCUAUAUCAAAAAGAAUAAACAGGUUACAAAUAGAGAAUGAUAGAAGACAAAGUGAAGAAGAGAAAACUGUAGAUUUACAGUCAAACCAGUCACCAGAUCUAUCCAGCAUACAAUCAUCCAGUAGUAGACAACAAAAUCUGUCCAUGAAUCCAUGUCAGGAGUGUGCCGGCAACAACAAUUUACCCUAUGACAUUGUACAAGGAUAUAACCCUGAGCUUACCAAUAGAGACAACCCCGAGUACUAUAGGAUUAAUAGCAUGCUGUUUAAAGCACAUUAUGAGAGAGUGUUAAGACAUAAGGAUACAUUACAGUACCCCGAUACAUAAUUUCUGUGGCAUAAUGUUUUAAAUUAUUGAAACAAGGGAAUAGUUACAUGUAACAUUAACUGCGCCACAAAACCAGUGUUUUGUAAGAGAAAUCCUGAAGAAGUGUUGCUUUUUUAUUAUGCUAAAACAAUUUGGGAUUAUUAAUGUAUUUAUCUUAUGAAGUCAAAUAAUUUCCCAAAAGAGGGAUUGAACAUGUUAUCAUUAUAUUGUGUUUAAGUUUAUUUGUUAUGAUUUUUCAUUGCCUGAAAAUUUUGAAGAAGAAACUAUUCAGAUGACAUGUAAAAAAUAAAUGUAAGCACUAA